AUGCAAACUCAGGCCAACCGUAAUCUCGUAAACGCCAAGAAUAAAUCUAAGAUGCAUUACGACAAAAAGACCAAUCCUCAAACAUUUAAACCAGGGGAUUAUGAAGAUCUGAACUGCCUGAUGGAGAGAAGGAAAAAACGGUAUACCUUGUUUCCCCACGCCUUCCACUUAAAACAGGCAGUAGCAGUAAAAAACGAAGGAAAUUGGUACAGAGGAGAGGUCACGGCAAUUCGUGGGAACUCCGUGACAGUAUAUUUGGGUGAUUGGGGCCGAAACACGAAGAAGGCAAUGUGGGAAGUAUACAGGCUGCCUAAACACCUCUGCGAAGAUUCGUGGUACGCUAUAACCUGUGGGUUGUACGGAGUUGAACCCACAGAACCCGGCUCCACAUGGGAAGCUAAAGCUCGAUCUCUAACAAGAGCUUUAAUUGAAGACGAAAAGGGAUUGAUGAAAAUUAAAAGGACUACCGCAGUUCGAGCCGUAGAAAUUGACCUACGGAUUCACUAUAAAAACCAGUUGGGAUCCGUCAUCCUGAGAGAAGAAUUAGUACGGCUGGGACUAGCACAGUUAACCACCGAUACAAAUCAACACCCGCACCCGUUUACGCGAUAA